ACUAGAUCCUGUUACUGCGCUCUUUCUUUUGGCGAGUGAGUUGCGAGUUGCAAGUUGUUGUGAAAUUCUUACAACUGAAUUUAUAUUCCCGAUCACGUGUUGCAAGUAAAGUGUACUUUCUGUGCGGCUUACAACAUCCGAAGUUAUUGCCAUAUUUAGUUGGUUCUUAUUUGCCCGCGCACACACGAAAACACACUACACAAACUUAACGUACAUAAUCUUUGCACCAGUUUUAAAUUCUUUUAAAAAUGUCCGGGAGCAAUCGCCAAAGCUCAUCGUCGUCGUCAAGCUCCGGCAAAAGGAAGUCAAGUGGUUCACCCGCGCGUGCUUCAACGUCUGUCGGUGCCGCAAAAAAGCCCAAAAGAAGGAAGAGCACAGCGCGGGCGGAUGAGACUCACUAUGUUGAGAAAAUUUUGAAAAAACGCUACGUAAAUGGGCGAGCUCAACUAUUAUUAAAAUGGCAGGGUUAUUCAAUGGAAGAAAGUACGUGGGAGCCCAUCGAGAACUUAACCGGCGAUUGUAUGCGAAUGCUAGCUGACUUUGAGGCCGAAUUAUUUGCAGAGCAAUGUAAAAGGGCCAGGUGCAAAACAGACGCAUCCAUGAUGUUUACCGCUCUGAAUGAUUCGAGUCCAAGUAGUAGCUCUAUUUAUGUCGAAGAAAACAGUCCAUCGGCAGCAAGUUUAUCUGCGACGGCAAGUCCUGCUUCAAUCAAUGCGCGUCUCCAGCUCAUCCAAAUGCCCUCGCCAAUCAUCAACUUGGUCGAAGUAAAGCAAGAAGCAGAAAGGGAGCAGCCACAACUGGAGGAACAAGCGCAAGUACAAACAUUUCAGGGAGAGCAAUCGCGGGAGCGAAUAUCACAGGCACAACAAAUGCAGGAACAGCAGCCGCAGGAGGAACGAAUACAGCAGAAGGAAAUGCCACGGAAAGAAAUAACGCUGGAUCAACCGGCCCAGAAACAACAACUGCAGGAACAACAGCCGCCGGCACUACAACUGCUACUACCUACGCCCAAAACGAGCCCAAAGCUCUGUGAGGAGCUUAAUCUGAGCAGCGACAGUAGCAGUGCCUCCGAUAGUGAUAGCAGUAGUAGUAGCAGUGGGAGCGGCAGCAGCAGUAACAGCAGCAGCAAUAGCAAAAGUAGCAAAAAGGGCGAUCUGAGAAAACGGAGUGCAGUGCAGCCCCCGGUUUCUAACAGCAAUCCGUUCUUCAUAAAUCUUGAUUUGCCGCACAAGCUCAACCUGAGCAGUGAGGAUGAUACUGAUGAUGAAGUGGAAGUGCCUGCUACGGGACCAGCGAGCAUCAUGGAGCGUCAGGAGGUUAGCGUAAACAGUGGCUAUGCCAAAAGUUCAAUAGAAACUCUUAAGGAGCAGGCGCGCAGGUGGCAUGAAAGCAAAGGCAAAGCUUCUGAAAAAAGUGGAAGCCGGGUGCCGCCAACAGUAAAGCCAGCGAAACAACCAACGGCUAGGCCAGAAACACAACCAACGCCAACUCAACCCAGUCAACCUAAACUACUGGCAAUUCCCAAUAGGAUAAAAGAGCAAUGGCUCAAAACCUCGAACAUUUCGCCAGAAACACCAAAAUCGCGACGCCGCAUGACCAUGCACGUGGAUUCCGUUGAAGAGGCCAUGGAGCAAAUACAUGGGAGUGGAUCGUCGAUGAACCGGCGAAUGAGCCUGGACAGAAGCCGGAGUCGGAGCAAUAACCCACCGACCAGCAACGGCCGCUUUAAGAACGUUAAUUCAUUGAACCACUUGGAAAAUUCUCCAAAGCGUUGUAAAAGCGCGGACAAAAGCCGUAUGCGCGCUAAAAUUGCUCCAAAAAACCUAUCAAAAUCAUCUCCUAUCAUCGAGGAAACAUUGGCGCCCGCCGCUGAACCCUUGCAUAGCAUGCCAUCCAAGCCACUCAGUCCGAAGCCAAGCCCACUGCCGAGCACGCCCAAAACGCCGGUGCCCAGCUCAAUGAGCAGUGUCGGAGGCAGCAGCGGCAGCAGUGCUAGCACCACGCGUGGCGGUAGUGCCACCAGCCAUAUCAGCCAGGUGGGCAACUGGGAUGAUUCGCUGCAUUUGCCCGCACGUCCACAGGGAAUCGAACGGGGCCUGGCGUUGGAGAAAAUUCUCAAGUCCUUCAAAAUGCGGGGCGAGACAUAUCUAGUGGUCAAAUGGAAGACUGUCUCAGCACUCGAUGCGGUGUUGCUUAGCGGUGUCAUUGAGUUGUACCCGCACAUUGUAAUCGAAUACUUUGAGAAACUUCAGCUUCGGAGUCCGCUAGAUUGAUGAUUUCACGCUGAAGAUCAACGUGCAAGUUAUGAGGCUCCAGACUUCUGUCUAGCUCUUACUUGUUUGCCUGCUUAUCGCUAUCAUCUGUUGACAACUGGCGACAACAACAACAACAACACGCCCGACGCCUUUGCUUUGAACUCUGCGGCUUAGAGAGCUGGCUCCGACUUGAUAUGUAGCUCGUCUGGCCAGACGUAAGCUGUGGGCGUUCAGUUCAUUCAACUGGCCAGCAAACAGCACAAAAAUGGCAACCAAAUUGUGUUUAGCUGUAUUUCAGCGCAAAGCCAUCGAUGUGCCCUGCCCGACCGUGUUGCGGCUAACCUUCGUCGGCGCGUUGGACCAGCCCAACCAGAGGCACGCCUCAUCGGCACAUGGCACUGGUGUGCCACUUGAGUGAGUGGCUCAAUGAGUGGCUGACAGUUUAGCUACUGGCUCGGCUAAUGUGUCCAUUUAUUGCUGUUGUGUUGUGCAAUUUCAAUGCCAUUUGCCCAGCUCUUUGCGGGCUGGCUGGCUGAUUGCAUUUUUCAGCAAUUUGCCAAGUUACCUGAAUUUAUCAAGUCGCGAUCGUUAGGGGACUUUCAGCUUUAGCUCUUCUGUGAAUGUACUUUUUUGUACAAAUUUGUGACGGCCAUCAAAUUGCGUAUGGUCAUAUUGGGCGUUAAAGGUUUCAAGAAACUUUUGGCAGUUAAACUUAAUGUUCAUAAAGUCUGUACCAGAGUAAUUAAAUAAGUUAAACUUGUAAACUAUUUAAAUGUAAAGCCUUUAACACAG